AUGGGGGAUGGAAAGCCACCGGAUCCAACUGCAGGAACUCGACGUCCCCUUGAGGUCUCUUCAUUGUCGGACGGCAAGAAAGACAGCGACUCGAUUCACCAAAAGGAAAGAGUUCGACUGCUUACCUUGACGGACGACAAUACGAUGAUGGACGAGGUGAUGGUAGAAGAUAUUAUCGAGGAAGAACUAAAUCACAGCAGCAUGCCGGAAACCACAACAGAGGGGGGUAGGGUUCGCAACCUACUAGAACAAGGGCCAAAGCCGCAGCCUAAGUCGGUAGCCUGGGGUAUGGAAAGCAAGAAGUUGUUCAGUGAAGCAGUCAGGGAGGAAUCUUGGUAUGUAGCGGACUCGGACUAUGAAGAUGUGGCUGAGGCGAUUAGGGAAGAUGAUAACGAAUCCCCAGAUCAAGAGGAUAACAACCCUCUGUGCACCACUGUGCGAUUUACGCCAACCAAAUGGAGGAACUACAGACGCGAAUGGCGCUCAGCUAUCAUGGUCAAAGUGUUGGGUAGGACCUUUCCCUAUCCAAUCAUGGCCCCAUCCAGAUUACAAAUCGUGCCAAUGGGUUUUUCUUUUUCCGAUACACUAACAAGCUAG